AUGCGAGCCACUUUCAGAAGUCCACGGAAGCUCAUUACCCUCCUUGUGCUAUCUCUAGUUGCCAUCCUUGUUCUGCACCAACUUAGUUUCCAUGACCAAUUUCUCCUCUGCGACAGUCUAUCAGAGUCGAUGAAAAUAGUCGACGCGUGCCCUCGAUCCAAUAUCAAACCGAGCAACGAGUCCCUUGGCACGACCAGACCGGGCAUCCCAAAUAUAAUCCAUCAGAUAUGGAAAACGGAGCACGUCGAAACAUAUUCUGCCGAGGCGUCCCACGCGUCAUGGAGAGCUCAAGCCGAAUCCAGCAAUUACACGCUGAAACUAUGGACUGACAACGACAUCCUACAGCUCAUCAAAGCCAAGUAUGCGUGGUUGCUAUCCACGUACGAAGGAUACGCGCAAGACAUUCAGCGCGCAGACAUGGCCAGACUCGUCGUCGUUCAUGCUGAAGGGGGCAUCUACGCAGAUUUGGACGUCUACCCCGUGUCGGUAGACGAGUUGUCCUGCUUGCGGCAUCUUGGCCUGCGAGCCAUCUUUUCUCCCACGGCGGGGAAUGCCGGGCUCAGCAACCACUUCUUCAUGGCUGAGCAGGGGGCGGAUUUCCUCCAGUGGGCGCUGUACGAGGGUAAACGGCGAGGCGGCCCGUUGUCGAAGCACAUUCUUCUACCGUACUUGCGAGUCUUUUGGUCUACCGGUCCUCUGAUGGUGACGUCGGCUUUUCGGCAGUAUUCGUGGAUGUACGGCGCCUCGAGCCAUGGACUGGGUGUGCUGGGCGCGGGCUACGGGGGUUUCGUGGUUCGGCAUGCUGCAGGGCGGUCUUGGCAUGGGUUGGAUGGGUAUCUUUUGAAUUAUGUAGCGGAUCAUGUGCGAGUGGAAAGCCUGUGGGUAGGUGGUUUUUGUCUGGUCGCCUUACUCGCUCUGGGGUUUAUAUCGUGGCCAUGUCGUUGGAGAAGUAUGCGUUAUCGCUGA